AUGGAUGCCGACGGGGCCGGGUUCAGCGGUCGUUUCCUUCCCUUCUUGCAAAGUAGGGCCCUCCCAUUUCGCACGGGACUGUUUCGCCAAUGGCUAGAUAGCCGACUUACAGUUUGGUACCAUUUUGUGCCUAUCGAUAUUAGGCUGCAUGGGUUGUGGAGCACCCUGGCAUACUUCUCUGGAGCGAGGCAGGUUGGGGAUUCCGCCACUCCUUGGCCGAGUCCAAAUACGAAUAAGGACAGUAGGAAAAAUGGUGAUGGCCAAGCCAAGAAACAUGGAGACGCGAAACAAAAGCCACCCAGCAGGAUGAUGAUGAUGAUGAUGAUGAUGAUGGGGAAGAAGAAGAGGAACAAUAAAAAUGAAAUACCCAAUAGUAGCGAUACUAUAGCAGACAGCAACAGUAACACUAACCAGAAGAUCCUGAUGGAACCGCAUACACGCGAAGGAGAGUUUAUAGCCGAAGAGGGUCGGAAGUGGGCUGAGAAGGCGCUUCGAAAGGAAGAUAUGGAGAUUUACAUGUUUCGGUUGCUCCUGGAGUGGGCUCGCUUGACAGAUGACAAGAGGGAUCGGUUGGGAUUUCAGUGGAUUGCGCCAAAACAACUUUAUCGCCGGCGCGAGUAG